AGUGUCAUCUGGCUUCCACGGACUAUCAGGAGCAUCAGAAGGACAAAGCUGCUGCCCCGAAUGUCACUGUUGCCUUUCACCUUCUUCCUGCCUGGCCCCCAUGGCCCUUAUCCUCCAGAGCAGCCCGGCAUAGUGAGAGCAAUGCCAGUGACCAUGGACACAAGCCAGGGGACUGACCUGAGUGACGCUGGUGACAAGGACACAUGCCUGCAGGUGCUGUCACAGGAACUCUGCCAGCUCCAGGCCAAGCAGAGGAAACUGAAGAGAGAGGUCGAGAAGCACAAGCUUUUUGAAGACUAUCUGAUUCAGGUCCUGGAGAAAAUCCCCCAGGACUACAGUGAUGGGGAGGAGCUGGAGGAGAUCCAGAAGGAGGGCCUGGUGGACGCCCUGGUGGAGCGCUACGAGAAGCUCUUCACAGUCAGCCAGGACAUCCAGAAGCACCUCGAGGCCUUCUCCAAGAUGAACGAGGCCAUCCACCAGAGCUUGGAGGCCAUUGAGAAGAGCCAUAAAGCUCUUAUCCCGAGCCUCAAGGUCCAGCUGUGUCAGCUGCAGAAGAGGUAUGACCCCGGGCAGCAGCAGCAGUGCCAGUCAGAACAAGAUGUCACCUACCAGAAAGACACGGACAGCUGUAAUGUGGGAAGCAAGGCUGCCGCAGCUGAGUGCCACCCUGGAGGCCUGGAGGCCAGCCCUCUGGUGCCACCUGGAGUGAAGAGCGCUGGGUUCCCCCAAUCUCCUGCCCAGCCCCUGCCCCAGAACCAGCUGCUCAACUACGUGGGAACUGCCAUCAACAACAUGGCCCAGCACUGCUGUUCCUCUGCCCAUGUCGUACCCAGGAGCAUGGGCCUCUUCUCCAAGCUGGACCUGAUUCAGGCAUUUAUGUUGGACAAAAAGGAGACCGUGAAAUUUAUCUUACUGCCACGGAACCCAGAGUGUGCUGAUCCCGUGACAGCCUCGACGGCCAGGGAUUCGGAAGGUACCCCAGGCCCUUCUGGAAAUGUCCGAGGAGCCAAGAUUUAAUCCCAAGGACACCCUUUCCCGGCACCCAGAUUUCAGAGUGCUCCACCGGGUGCUGACCUGGCCGGCGGC